CCAGCCCAGCCAUGUCGUCAGCUGUCACCGAGACGGAGGAGUCGGCGCGCAGCUCCCCGCUGACGCCGCUGAAGCUGGUCGGGCUGGUGUGCGUCUUCCUAGCGCUCUGCCUGGAUGUGGGAGCCGUGAUGAGCCCGGCGUGGGUGACUGCUGACGACCAGUACUACCUGUCCCUGUGGGAGUCCUGCUGGAAGCCGGCGAGCACCGAGAACUGGCAGUGUAACAGCACGCUGGGCUCAGACUGGCAGGUUGCUACGCUGGCCCUGUUGCUAGGGGGUGGAGCCCUGGUGCUGAUGUCAUUCCUGGUUGCUCUGGUUGCCGUGUGCAUCGGCACGAGACGGCGAUUCUACGCACCUGUCGCCUUCAUGCUCUUUGCUGCAGUUGUCCUCCAGGCCUGCAGCUUGGUCCUCUACCCCAUUAAGUUCAUCGAGAGCAUCAACCUGAGGAUCUACCACGAGUUCAACUGGGGCUACGGUCUGGCCUGGGGGGGAACCAUCUUCUCCUUUGGUGGGGGAAUCCUCUACUGCCUCAACCCAAAAAACUACGAGGAGUAUUAUUAGCUCUUAUUUAAGCUGAGAACCGUACAGUUACAGUAUAGGUAACAGUACAGGUAUUCAGGGAGCGAGGAGGGGGUUUGGGGAUAUUUUCCUUUAACGGCUCAAUUCCAAAGAACUGUAAGGAAUACUAUACACCGUAUUUGAGCCAAUAACUGUAUCGCCACAAGCUUCCCCCCCAGGGGAAUUCAGGUGGUGAAGCUGGCUUCACAACAUCAUGGGGGUUUCUUUUCUUGCCUUAGUCAACAGAAAUGUGAGUGCUGAGACUGGUGGGUAUUUGAAUUUACACCCCCACUGUCACCAGGUUGGUCCUGGGGAGGGUUCAGAGGGUGGGAAGGGGUCUUACUAGUUUAUCCCUAGGACUUGUGACACACCUGGGAGAACUGACAGCCCUGCAUUAACAAAGGAUGGAGGUUUACAGUGAUAAUGCCACCUCCGUUCUUUCUUCCCUGUAAACUAAACUGCAAGAACUACUCUUAUUAUGUCAUUAGUAACAACCCAACCUAUCGACUCUGUUACUUAGGAAACAGGAUGUAAUACUGGGAGGCUUUUACUGCACAUUUACGCACGCAUACACAUGCAAAGGCACGUGUAUCUUCACCUGUAAACAUCAAAUCCUCGGGCUGGACAGCUUGAAAAUCUACUCCCCAGUCUCCUGCUCCAUCAGUGCAUCAUCAUCAGUGCUUAGUUAGGAGUUGUGGCAUUUUGUUUUUCAGAGUCCUCUGCAUCUAUUGAACUUUCACAAGGACAUGGAAGAGGAUCAGACGCUACAGUUGCGCUUCAUAACUUUUCAUAAGACAGAUAGAUUCCUCUUGGGGGUAAGUAAGAGGGGGGAAUAAAAUAAAGACACCCGCUCAAUA